AUCAUGCCCAUCGUGCAUUGCGUUAGGUCAUAGGCCAUAUGCAAAUGAGCAAAAUGGCAACAACCGCGGAAGAUCGAAAGCUUCUCCACCGUCGGACGAAGUCGACGUCUUCGGUGGAGGAUAAAGAGAAGCUUAGAAAGCAAAAGGAAGCAGAGAAAGACAGACGAGAGUUUUAUGAAAAGCCGAUUCACUUUCCUUCAGAGUCUCUCUUCAGCACUGGCAGUGGCUACAACAACUACAGGGGUGUUCUCAAUCUGUGUAUUGUCUUACUGGUGCUGACCACAUCUCGAGUGGCACUGGAAAACUUGAUUAAGUAUGGUAUCCUGAUAGAUCCAGUGUCCUGGGUGACAAUCUUUGUGGCAGACCCCUACAACUGGCCUUGUGUGAUACUCAUCGCAUGUUCCAACAUAUUCAUCUUAGCAUCAUUCCAACUAGAGAUAUUGCUGCUGAAGGGUUGGUUGUCAGAAAUAGUGGGGAGAUGGAUGCAUGUUAUCAACUGUGUUGCCAUCCUGGUGUUUCCUGCCUCUGUUGUUCUCACAGUAGAACCUGGACCAGCUGGUGCUUCUUAUGCACUGUUUGUCUACACGUGUGUGUUCCUGAAGACAGUGUCGUACAUUGCCACCAAUCACUGGCUGCGGUACCAGUACAAGUCAUCGGGUCAGCGUAAGGCUGGCAGGAGGAAGCCUACUAAGAGUGUUGGUGAUGCAGGUGAUGCAAAUGGUGCAGAACAGAACUUGGCCAAUGGAAAACUAGAGACUCAACUGGUGACAUAUCCAGACAACUUGACACUACAAGAUCUGUACAGCUUCAUGUUGUUCCCUACCCUGUGCUACGAACUCAACUUCCCUAGAACCCCACGAAUCCGUAAGAGAUUCCUGCUGAAACGCUUGGCAGAAAUGUUUAUGCUUCUUCAACUGAUGCUGGGCUUGAUUCAACAGUGGAUUGCCCCCCUGCUUCACAAUGCCAUCAAGCCAUUUGUGGACAUGGACUUGCCAAUGAUGGUGGAAAGAAUCAUGAAACUUGCUAUCCCCAACCACUUCAUCUGGCUCAUCUUCUUCUAUUGGUUCUUCCACUCCAACUUGAACGUGCUGGCCGAGAUAACGCAGUUCGCAGACCGCACCUUCUACAGGGAUUGGUGGAACUCUGAGUCUGUCCCAUACUUCUGGUCAAACUGGAACAUACCAGUAUACAGGUGGUGCAAAAGACACUUGUAUCAGCCCUUGAUGCGCAGAGGCUACAGCAAAUUGUUGGGACAAAUCUGUGUAUUUGCUACUUCAGCUUUUUUUCAUGAAUACCUUGUGAGUGUUCCUCUGAGGAUGUUUCGCUGGUGGGCCUUCAUGGGAAUGCUGAUGCAGGUUCCCUUUGCAGUGUUUGUGUCGAAGUUUUUGACUGGACCAUAUGGAAACAUGGCCGUGUGGGUGUCUCUGAUUGUUGGACAGCCCUUUGCUAUCCUUAUGUACCUGCAUGAUUACUACGUGAUCAACCACCUGCAACCACCUGUAGGGCAGAACAUUACCAACGCAGGGCUGUGAGGUUGGCUGUGGAGUCUGACAGCUACAGAUGUUUUAGUGUUUGGUUAAAGACUCACACAGUUGAACCUGGAAAGUCACCUACUCUUAAUGGGAAUAUGGCACAUUUGUUGAUGGAUUGUUGGCCAUUUCCCCACAAAACACCACUCACUCACAUAAGAAUAUUCCUCCCCUCUUUUGAUUGUGUGAUUGUUGGAAUCAUUACAAUUUUGAAGGCAAGGAUGUUUUCAUGAGAGUGUGGUGCAUCCAGGGGUGGUUGAGGUCUCAUAUCAAUUCACAAAAGUAUUACAUUGAUUAUGUUUACACAUACAGGUGUUAAAAUACACUAGAUACAUUACUCAAGUAACUGGGUGGAUUUUUGAAAUGGUCAGCUGUUUCAGACACUAUGAGCUGUGCUUUGUCAAAGACUGAACCAGAAUUUGGAGCCACUCUGGUUCAAUCACUCACUGGAAUACCUUCUGAACUCCAUAUUUUGGUUCAGUCACUGACAAAAGAAGUUGAUGCUGUCUGAAACAACAGACUUUUUCCAAAAUCUAUCCACCAGUUGCAUGAGUAGCUGUUAUCUUAUGUGAAAGGAGUGUUGUUCAAGACCCAUAGUUACUCUUUCAAAUAAUUUGCAGUGUUGAUUUUCCUGUGUCAUUGAUAUUUUCAAUGGGUCAAACUGGUUUUUGAUGUUGCUAUGUAAUCCAGCUUAAUGCUGCUUAUCAUUCCAGAAAAAGCUUUGAAGAAAUAUUAUUCAGUAAAUUAAGGCAAUAUACACAUGUACAACCCCAUAUAUAUAUAUAUAUAUAUGAAUGUUUCUAGUUUUC